AUGUUAAGCCUGGAUACCCACUGUCACCUGACCCCGUCUAUCCCCGAUGAAACUGUUCUUACCCUUCGCAUCGAGUUCUUUGGCUUCAACCCUCUUGCCGGAGACUCGCAGUUUACUGUUCUCAUUACUCGUUUUAAUAUCUCUGUUCUUGAUCCCGUUCCCGUGUUGACCCACUCACAUUUGGUCACCAGCCAUUCUCAGCUUGUCAAAAUCGUUGCAGCUCGGUUGAGGAAUGUGAAGAGUUGGUCGUCUUGA